AUGAGGUAUGAUGGAACCGAGGACCCGCAGGAGCACCUUACGGCAUUCGAAGCCAGAAUGAGCCUGGAGGGAGUGGGUGAUGAGUUAAGGUGCCGCGCCUUCCCGGUCACCCUAGCAGGACCUACGAUACGGUGGUUCAAUAACCUCCCGCAGGGAUCGGUGACCAGGUUCUCGGACAUCAGCCGUGCCUUCCUAGCCCAAUUCACAACCAGGAUCGCGAAGGCAAAGCACCCCAUCAAUCUACUCGGAGUGACCCAGAGAUCCGGCGAGCCGACCAGGAAAUACCUAGACCGAUUCAACGAUGAGUGCUUGGAGAUCGACGGACUGACGGAUUCGGUUGCAAGCUUGUGCCUGACGAACGGACUUCUAAAUGAGGACUUCAGAAAGCACCUCACCACGAAGCCGGUGUGGACAAUUCAGGAGAUCCAAUGUGUAGCCAGGGAGUACAUCAACGAUGAGAAAGUCAGCCAAGUCGUGGCUGCCAACAAACGGCAGCCCUCUUACAAUCAAGACCGACACCACGGGAGCGGAGAAAGAUAG